UAGCAGAUUGCACUCCCGAAAAGCAUUUUCCUAGAAAUCCUUGCAACCGAAAAAGUUCUCUCUCUCUUUCUCUCUCUCUCUUCAUUGAAAAACACUCUUCCCUGCCACCUAAACUGGAAUUACCAUCAUUUGGCUUCAUGUGGAUUGUGUAGUAAAUUUCGUGAGAUAAAGUUAGUUUUCGUUCUUAUCAUGAUGAUGCUUAUACUUUUCCUCCUACUCUAAUAAAAUCAUUUUCUCAUUCUGGGUCUGUCCUAGCCAUUCAAUUACAGAGAGAGAGAGAGAGAGAGAGAGAGAGAGAGUAUGAAAUGGUUCGUGUGAAAGGGGUACAAUCCCAAUCUUUACUUUCCGCGUUGGAUACCCCAUACAUAUACAUAUAGAUCCCCCAUAGCCAAAUCCUUUCUCAGCUUUUCUUUUCUUCAGUUUUUUCAUCAGGAUUGUGUCGGUCUGUUGACUCAUCUGAUCAAAAUCGGUUGAUUCUUUUCACCCUUUUGUAAACCUGUUCAUACCCAUUUACCCAGAUUCCGUUCUCUUGACUCGUGUUGAUUCUCCUUUCAUUUCUCUUCAAAUCAUUUGGAGAAAGAAAAAAAAAAAAACGAUUCAAUCACUCAUCCAAGUACUGUGAGAAAGCAAAUCUUUUUGUUUCCUUUUGUUCACUCAAUCACUCAUAGAAGUACUGUCAUUCAUUCAGGCAGGCUUAUACUAUUACGCUCACGAGGGUGUUCGAGUCCGCUUACGAUUGCGUUCUUGAUCAUUCAAGAUGAGAGCAGGACUGAGCACGAUCCAGCAAACCCUUACCCCAGAAGCAUCGAGCAUACUAAGCCUCUCCAUAACAGAAGCAGGCCGCCGUAACCACGGCCAGACCACGCCGCUCCACGUGGCAGCAACCCUCCUCGCCUCCCCCUCCGGUUUCCUCCGCCAGGCCUGCGUCCGGUCCCACCCCAACUCCUCCCACCCUCUCCAAUGCCGCGCCCUCGAGCUCUGCUUCAGCGUCGCCCUCGAACGCCUCCCCACCACCGCCGCCGCCCCGGACCCGCCCAUUUCCAACGCGCUGAUGGCGGCGUUGAAGCGCGCCCAGGCGCACCAGCGCCGCGGAUGCCCUGAACAGCAGCAGCAGCCGCUUUUAGCUGUUAAAGUUGAGCUGGAGCAGCUCGUAAUAUCAAUACUAGAUGACCCGAGUGUUAGUCGGGUUAUGCGCGAGGCUAGCUUUUCUAGUCCUGCAGUUAAGGCCACGAUUGAGCAAUCGUUGUCGAAUUCGAAUUCUCAAGUUGGGUUGAUUCGCCCCGGGAGUUCUUUAUCCAAUUGUAAUCGGAAUCUGUACUUGAAUCCGAAGUUGCAACAGGGUAGUGGUAAUAAUUCGGGGCAAUUAGGGAAAGAAGGUGGGGAAGAGAUUAAACGGGUUAUAGAUGUUCUGAUGAGGAAUAAAAAGAGGAACCCGGUUCUGGUCGGCAAUUCGGAGCCGGAAUCAGUGGUGAGAGAGUUGAUGAGGAGGAUUGAGAAAGGGGAAGGAUUUGGUGAAGGAGAGUUUAAGAAUGUUGAGGUGAUUCAAGUGGGUAAAAAGGUUAAGGAAUUGGGAGGUGUUAUUGAGGCUAGAAUGGGGAGAUCUGGUGGUGGGAGUGUUAUUGUUGAUUUGGGUGAUUUGAAAUGGCUUGUGGAGGGAGGUUCCGGUGGGGAUACGGGGAGGGAGGCGGUGGCAGAGGUGGCGGAAGUGGUGGCGAGGUUUGGUGGUGGUGGUGGGAAGGUUUCGUUGAUUGGGACUGCUACUUGUGAGACUUAUUUGAGGUGUCAAGUGUAUUUUCCUUCAAUGGAGAAUGAUUGGGAUCUUCAAGCGGUUCCUAUUGCUUCGAAAUCGCCGAUUCCAGGGAUGUUUCCAAGGCUUGGAGCAAAUGGAAUUUUUGGCAGCUCAGUUGGGUCUCUAACCCCAUUGAAAAACUUCCCAACCGCGACAACUCCUCUACUAAGGCAUAUAUCCGAGAACUCGGAUCCUACUCGUAAAACAAUCUGUUGCCCACAUUGUUCAGAGAACUAUGAACAAGAACUAGCGAAACUGGUUGCUAAUGAAUACGAGAAAUCCUCAUCUGAAGUCAAAUCAGAAGCAGCUCAGCCUCCCUUACCCCAGUGGUUGAAGAACGCCAAAGUCCUUAACACCGAUACCAAAUCACUAGAUCUAUCACAGACCAAGGGUCAAGAAACAGUGUUCAAGCAGAAAUCUCAAGAUUUAUUAAAGAAAUGGAGUGAUGCGUGCCUCGGUCUCCACCCCAAUUUUCAUCACAACCUCAGCUGUGAAAAAACUACUCCAAUAAGACUACCGAUGGCAGGUUUGUACAAUCCAAACCUGGUUGUUCGCCCGCAAUGCCAGCUGAAAUUGCAACAAACCAGAAACAUUGGGGAAGUUUUGCAAUUGAACAAUAAUCCAGUGGUAAACCGAACUUCAGAGAAACCUUGUAGCCCUCCGAGAAGUCCAGUUGGGACAGACCUUGUUCUUGGGAGGACAAAAAUCAGUGAAAGCGCUCCCGAGCAUCGUGUCAAGGACUUGUUGGGAUGCAUCUCGUUUGAACCACAGCAAUAUCAGGUCACAAAGUUUGCUAAUGAAGUUGAUGCCGACUUAUUCAAGAAGCUACUCAAGGGUCUAACUGGCAAAGUGUGGUGGCAACGGGAAGCUGCUUCUCAGGUUGCUUCGGCUGUGACUAAUUCCAAAUUCGGUGGUGGAAAUAGGAGGGGAACUGGAUCAAAGGGCGAUAUAUGGCUACUAUUUGUAGGUCCUGAUCGUCUUGGCAAGAAGAAGAUGGCAUCGGUUCUCUCGGAACAAAUAUGUGGUAGCCACCCAGUAACGAUAUGCCUCGGAUCACGACGUGAUGAUGAGGAAUCAGAAAUGAAUUUCCGCGGGAAAACAGCUAUAGAUCGGAUUGCAGAGGCGGUUCGAAGGAACCCGUUUUCAGUAAUUUUGCUCGAGGACAUUGACCAAGCAGACACGGUGGUUCGUGGGAGUAUUAAGCGAGCAAUGGAGAGAGGCCGUCUUGUUGACUCACACGGCCGCGAAAUCAACCUCGGAAAUGUCAUUUUCGUCGUUACGGCAAACGGGUCAAUGGAUAACCCUGAAAACUUAGAUAGUAGUAAUGUGCUUGAUGAAAAGAAGCUUGCAUCUGUAGCAAGUGGUGAUUGGCAGUUAAGAUUGUCAGUUAAAGAAAAGGGUGCCAAGCGACGAGCCGAUUGGUUACAAAAUGAAGAUAGGGCUACAAAGCCGAGGAAGGAAAUGGGUUCGGGUCUAUCGUUAGAUCUCAAUCUUGCCGCGGAUUAUGAGGACUAUAAAACCGACGGAUCACUCAAUUCGAGCGAUCUCAGCGUUGAACACGAAGCCGAACAAGGUCUUGAGAACAGGCUAUUUUCAAUAGCCUCAGUGCCUUACGAGCUGAUCAAUUCGGUUAACGAUGCUAUAAUCUUCAAAAACGUCGAGAUUGCCCCCAUUCGACGUGAGAUUAAAACCGCAAUUUUGGAGAAGUUUUCUGUUGUAGUGGACGACAAGACCUCGAUAGAAUUAGAAGAUGAAGCUCUUGAGAAGAUCCUCGGAGGGUUGUGGCUCGGGCGAACCGGAUUGGAAGAGUGGAUUGACAAAGUCUUGGUUCCGAGCUUCCGACAGCUCAAGGCACAGUUACUGUCAGACGAGAUCGUGGUCGUUCGGCUCGAAUCCGACGGAGGUUCCGGUAGCCGGAGCACAGGAGAGUGGUUGCCAAGUAAAAUCACAGUGAAAGGGGGUGGUGUGUGAGCAGAGGGAGGGGAGGCUUGCGCGAUUUGCUGAUUUCUCUUGGGUAUAGUUGUAAAUAUGGAUAAGUUGAUGGUGAGAGCCAAAAACCCAAACAGUUAGGAAAAUGGGUAAAGAAAGAAAAAAAAAUACAGUUAGAGAGAGAGGGAGAUAAUGAUAGAUUACUGGAAUGCGACAGUUCUCGUCUUUUUCUUUUUAGUAUUUGUUAAUUUCUUGGCAUCCUUUUUUUCUUUUCUUUUUUUCUUUUUUAUUCUUAUUAUAGUAGUAGCCAUUUUGUCGUACACAAUUAUUAAAUUACAUGGACAAUGAUUAAUAAAUAAUAUGAGGCAUUCCUCGUUAUGCAAA